ACGUGGAAAUUAAUUGAGAAAAUGUAAAAAUAUACAUAGAGAUAUAUAAAAUAAACAGUCAUUUCUUAAUCAAUACACAUAAAUAACAAAAAAGUAAAUGUAAAUCUUUUUAUGUCUCGUGUGAUGUCUGUUCAAUUGUAAUAAUUGUCUUCAUACUGUUUGUAAAUUUUAGAAUAAAAAACAACUCUUAAACAGUGUGUGAUGCCAACAGCAGUUUCCUGUGCUCUGUCGUAACUUCCUUUUUCCUGACAGCGGUACGCUCGUUUGUCUUUCCGGCAUCGCCCGCUUGUGUUGCGGCAUUUGAAAGCUCGCGGUGAUUGACAAACCCCGCCCUGGCGUUGGAAGAGACACUGAGAAAACAAACGGAACAUAUGGUCGUUGUUUCUACACGUUGGUGUAUCGCUGCAAGAUGUAAAUACUGUUUACAUUUGUUCGUUUGUUUGUUUUUUGCUGCUUUUUCCCGGAAAUGCAAGCAACAGUCCGUUCAUCGCUCGACCAGACAGAGAAAAGAAAUGACUCGCUGGCUCCAGUAAACCAGAAGUAAAGAAGGGGACUGAUGAGAAAGACGACCCUUUGGUUUUAUACUGUAUAUUGUUUUAUGAGAAGCUUUGCGCUACAGACAUGAAGAUCACAGACAGCGUGUUGCGAAGUUUCAGGGUUGCAAGAACAUAUCGAGAAAAUUCACAGAAAGUCAACUGUGUGGAUUACAGCCCAAACGGUGAAAAUGCGAUAUCAAGCAGCGACGACGACUGCAUUGUGUUAUAUGAUAUCCGGGAAGGAAAGCCCAUGCGGACCUUGUUCAGCAAGAAGUAUGGAGCAGACCUCAUCCGCUUCACGCAUGGAGACGCACAGACGGUGGUCUACAGCUCCAACAAGCUGGAUGAUACCAUUCGUUACCUGUCACUGAGUGACAACAAGUACAUCCGAUAUUUCCCAGGUCACACUGCAAGGGUUAUUGCUCUCUCCAUGUCGCCAGUGGAUGAUACGUUUAUCUCAGGCUCGUUGGAUAAGACGAUCCGGAUCUGGGAUCUGCGGUCUCCAAACUGCCAAGGUCUGACAAAUCCGCUGGGGAAACCUGUAUGUUCCUUUGACCCUGAUGGACUGAUUUUUGCUGCAGGAGUGGAAUCGCAGGCCAUUAAAUUGUACGACCUUCGUGCUUUUGACAAGGGUCCAUUUGCCUCCUUUGAAAUGAGGUUUAGUCGCGUCUGUGACUGGACUGGACUCAAAUUCAGCAAUGAUGGGAAACAGAUCCUCAUCUCUACCAACGGAGGGAUGAUUCGCGUCCUUAACGCUUUCAAUGGAUCUGUGCUGCACACUUUUUCUGGCUACAACAACAGUAAAGGCAUAUCCCUGGAGGCAUGCUUCACUCCCGACUCACAGUUUGUCAUGAUUGGCUCAGAGGACGGGAGAGUCCAUGUUUGGAGCACAGAGAGUGGGAUGAAGGUGGCUGUGCUGGAUGGGAAACAUUCAGGACCCAUCAACACCCUGCAGUUUAACCCCAGAUACUUGACAUUUGCGAGCGCCUGCACUAACAUGUUGGUGUUAGAUUCAUACAGAGAGCCAGCACAGAGCUGGGACAGGGACUAUGAUCAGUUCCUGCUUCCUCUGCUCACGCCUCAGGAGCCGUGCUACAUCCUCUACCGUCUGGACUCCCAGAAUGCACAGGGAUAUGAGUGGAUCUUCAUUGCCUGGUCACCUGACCAAUCACCAGUGAGGCAGAAGAUGGUGUACGCAGCGACCCGCGCCACACUGAAGAAAGAGUUUGGAGGAGGUCACAUCAAAGACGAACUGUUUGGUACCGUGGAGGACGACCUGUGCUUCCAGGGAUACCUGCGACACAUGUCCUCCUGCUCCUCUCCGGCUCCACUCACAGCAGCUGAGCAGGAAUUACAACAAAUUAAAGUCACAGAGGAUAAAGUUGUAUGGGAUGAACGCAGACGUAUUGGGACUCCAACAGCACGAGCGAGAGUUACGAUGGAGUUUGGCUUAGACAAAAGGGCACAGACUCUUCAGGGUCUUGCAUUCCCUUUACAAGAAGAGGCCAAGCGAGCUCUGCAGCAACUCAAGCAGAAACGCAUCAACUACAUACAGCUGAGGCUGGAUGUAGAGAAAGAGACCAUUGAGCUGGUUCACACCAAACCUACAGAAACCCAUGAGCUUCCUUACAGGAUUCCCACAGAUUCACCCAGAUACCACUUCUUCAUUUUCAAACAUUCUCACCAGGGCCAGCUGCAGGAGGCGCUCGUGUUCAUAUACUCGAUGCCUGGGUACACCUGUAGUAUCAAGGAGCGGAUGUUGUAUUCCAGCUGUAAGAACAGGCUACUGGAUGAGGUGGAGAGAGACUACCAGCUGGAGGUCACCAAAAAGAUGGAGAUAGACAGUGGCGACGGCCUGACAGAAGACUUCCUGUAUGAGGAGGUCCACCCAAUGGAGCACACCUUAAAGCAGGCCUUUGCCAAGCCCCGCGGACCAGGAGGGAAGAGGGGCAACAAACGCCUCAUCAAGGGUGCAGGAGAGAAUGGGGAAGAAAGUUAGACGUAAUACACACAUGAUACACAAGCAAACCCACACAAUAUCUAUGAAUUGACUUGUUAUUUGACUGUUUAGCUUCUAGCCAUUCCUUCUUUAUUUUUAGGCUACUUGAGGACAUACUUUUCACACUGGAACAAAAGGGGAAACUAUUAAUAAAUCCAUCAUAAAGCAGAAUUCAUAUAAUUUUCCUGUUGUGAAACAUGUUUAUGAAAGUAAUAGCUGCUCUGUCAACAUUGAACAAGAAAUUGAUGGUUUGAGUCUAAUGAGGGUGAUUGAGUGGUGAUUCUUUUGGUUUAUAAAAAUUAAAUUCAAUUUAAGUGUAUAUGAAAACAUGUUAAAGUCAUUAUAAAGUGUUAAUAAUUGGUAGAUUGGAGGUAGACUGGAGGACCAUCUUGCAGAUAAUUAUAUAAUGAUAAUAAAUAAUUAUGAAGGGAAAAAAUCUACAGUGAGUAUAGUUGAGAUCCAAAAGUUUUUUUAAAGAUACCAAAUAUGUC